AUGGAGCCUCGCAGCGACUUCGAUCUCGACAGGGAGCUUGGAAGCCUCAGGAGGCCAGGGUUGAAGGCCGGUCAUUGGCUGCUCCACAACAUCGAGCGCAAGCUUAUGGAGCCGCGACCCAAAUUCCACCCUCCCAAACCCAAGUUGAUGAAGAAAAAAAAACAGCUAGAGAAGCGGGAGGGGCAUAGUGGACAAGAACAAGAGUCAGUCAGGAGUCUGAACCGGGGGGCAGAAGGGGGUGUGCUAGGAGUUCCAAAUUCCAAGGUGGUCCCGCAGCCCAAUUCUGGGCUACGAAGGCCUGCCGCGUCCGAUGCUGAUAUCUACAUCGCGGUUGUACACAGCCGUGGCUGCCAUCAGCAAGCCUGA